CAUGUGACUGCAGUGUGAGAAUAAGCUCUCAGAAAAAUCGAAACUGUUCUUUAGUGCUGCCGUUGUAGAGCAAUCAGACCACAGACUGAGACACCAGAGUGUCGGUGUGACACCAUUUUUAAUUUCUGUCAACCAGAGACCAACAAGGAGCAUCCUAAGGACUCAACACUGAAUAUUAUUCAAGAAAAAUCAAAUCAAGCAAUCUCAGUUUUUUGAAAACAUGUCUGACAGUACGGACCCACAAGUUAUCUUUUGCGACAUGUGCACAGAGGAGGACAGGAAACCAGCGCGAAAGACCUGCAUGAAGUGCGAGAUCUCCAUGUGUGUCCAGCAUCUCCAGAUCCACCUGACCACUCCUGUGUUACUACAAACUCAUCCUCUGACUGAACCUAUGGCUUUAUGUGGGACCACUAAAUGCCCCCAACAUGGAAAACUCCUGGAGUACUACUGCUUGGAUGAUAUGACCUGUGUGUGUGUUUCCUGCGCCAUUGAAGACCAGCACCGUGUGCACAACAUGAAGACCUUCUCCACAGCCCACAAAGAGCUCAUGGAAAAGCUUGAUGCUGAGCAGCAGGCCUUACUGGUGAAAACCGAUGAUGAGAACGUGAGUCUAGAAAAGUGGGAGAAGAGUGAAAGAGAGAAGCUGGGCCGCUGUAGUGUGCGUCUCAUUGAGGCUGUGACUAUCCUGCGUGGCGUCACCUUGACCAGCGUCCAGAGUUCAGUCUCUGCUCGAAUGGUGUCCAUCAAAACCAGCAAGAGCAGCAUGCAAGCAGCACAGAAGGAGAAGGACACCUUCAGAUUCUUGCAGAUGUAUUCUCAGGUGCAUCAGGAUGUGGAGAAGGCCAAGGCCGCAGAUCUGAGAAAAGGGUUGGAGCCUGGCAGCGAUCGUGACAAACUGGUUGAGGAGAUCAGACAGGGUGGUGAAAAGAUGAUGAAGCAAGCAGACCAGUUCUGGUGUUCUUUGUUGACUCUGGUUGACCCUGAACACCACCAGGAGCUCAUUGCUACUGAUUCAAACUUGAUCUUUGACCCGCAGACUUGGGGCCCUGACAUAUCACUUUCUAAAGACCAGAGGAAGGUUUUCUACAGUGAUUGGCCGGGACAAAACUCUGCCCACGUCUUUCACCUUAAGAGUACCCAGUCUGUUCCCAACUUUCAGAGGUGGGUGAUCAGCCUUUCCGAAGACUGGACCAUUGGUUUAUGUGACAAAAAUAAUACAAAGGAGUUGAAAGAUGGAGACGUCUAUGGACUGUGCUGCAAAGAAGGUAACCAUCUCAGCUUUCUCACAACAGAGUAUGAUGAAGUUAUCGAUGCAUUUGGCCCAAUGCAAAACAUGCAAAAGCCCAAACUUGAGAAAACACGCAGGGUUUCUCUUCAGCCAAUCAACCCUCCAGGUGAAGAUAUGGCAAAGAUAAUGGCCCGACCGCAAAAAGUGGAAGUGGUAUGGCGCUUUCCUAACUCAUUAUCGUUCUUCAGCAGGAUCGGCCAGCACCAGAGAAUAAAAAUAGUCACGAUUAGAAUCAACUCCGCCAGCUGGGACCUAGCUCCCUUUGUUCGCUUUGAAGGGAAAAAGUCACAAGAGAGCUCAAAUAAGUCGAGUGGAAGCUUAUUUGGAGCUCAACAACAAUGCCAGAAGCAAUGGAAAUGCUCAUGUGGGAGAGUUUACACUGAGACCAGAGAUGGAUACAAUUAUGGAGGGUGCACUUAUCAGAAGUCUUCCCAAGCCACCUGUUCUUGUGGAAUACUUAUUGGUGCCCUGCGCACCACAGAGGUGCUUUGUGAACUUCUGUAAUGGGCUGGCAUGUUGUUGUCUACAGCCCACAUCUCCACAUUUACAUUCACAUAUUAUUAAUCAUAUUAAUUUUCAUGCCUAAGAAUCACUACCAGAAUUAGAUUUUUCUUGCUUGCAAAAUUAAAAUUAAAUUAAGUUGCAGUAAAAUUAAUAUAUAGUGCUGUCAGUGCAAAGACCUCAGUAAUAAUGAUAACAGGUGCAAAACAAGUUUAAAGAAAGAAUUUUCAAGAUGAGUGGAGCAAAUCUGAAGAUGUAAAUGUGAUUAAAUAUAAAUAAUCAAAGUGUAAAUGAAAUGAUAAAUUACUUAGAAAAUUUUUAUGCAAGAUUAACAUGAGCUGAUUACUACCUAGAUUUCAUAGUUUGCCUGCCUUUUACUUAAAACGUAAUGUAUUCGACACCCAAAGAGCAAUGUCAACAUGUGUUAGUGAAUCAUGAAUAAGUUCCCAUGAGGUGAAAUUGACACUUAACAGUAAACCUAACAAAAUGGCUACAGUCACACCUGU